AUGAUAGAGAUGACAAUGGUAAAACCCUUGAUAAACCAAACAGUCAUCACAGAACUCAUCCUCCUGGGAUUUGGGGAUCAUCCUGAACUGCAGAUUUUUUUCUUCCUGCUAUUUCUAGUAAUUUACAUCAUUACCAUGAUGGGGAAUCUUCUUAUUGUUGUGCUAGUUGUGACUGACAGGCAUCUUCACAUUCCCAUGUACUUCUUCCUGGGGAACUUGUCCUGCUUAGAGAUUUGUUACACUUCAACCAUCCUGCCCAGAAUGCUAGUGAGUUUCCUGACAGGGAAUAGAACCAUUUCCAUCCCAGGUUGUUUUGUACAGUUAUAUUGUUUUGGCUUUCUAGUGACUGCAGAAACUUGUCUCUUAUCUGUAAUGUCUUAUGAUCGGUAUUUAGCGAUUUGCAAACCAUUCCAAUAUCAGUUCCUUAUGAGUAACAAGGUAUGUAUCAUUUUAGCUGCUGGUUCAUGGAUUAGUGGCUGUUUUUCAGUCUCAGUAGUAGUUGUAUGGCUUUCACAGUUAACGUACUGUGGCAUCAAUGUAAUUGACCAUUUCUUCUGUGAUUUUGUACCACUGAGCAAGUUGGCCUGUAGUGACAUAACUCUGGUAAUGGAGGUAGCCUUAAUGCUGUGUUCUGUAUUCACCUUACCUCCAUUUCUAUUGACCAUAACAUCUUACAUUUGCAUCAUAUCAGUUAUCCUAAGAAUCCCCUCAACCACUGGGAGACAAAAGACAUUUUCCACCUGCUCCUCCCACCUUCUUGUAGUUACCAUUUUCUAUGGCACUUUAAUGAUUGUGUAUCUCCUUCCAGAAGGCCCCUUACUGAAGGGUUCAUCAAAAGUGUUCUCCUUUUUCUAUGCUGUCAUGACACCAAUGAUCAAUCCCCUAAUAUAUAGUUUGAGGAAUAAGGAAGUGAAGGAAGCCUUGAGGAGGUGUACUUCAAAAUUCUGGUCAUCUCUCAGAUUUUAG